ACGAAGAAUCGACGCUGGAGGGAGAUUUGAGAGGCGCAUGGACGAUGUUCGGCCUUAAACUUCGCUGAGGACUUUGCUGGUCGAUUUAUUUCCUGUGUUGUCGUUAUAUUUUAUUUCUCUCCAUCAUGGAAACAGACAGUGACAUAAAAACGACGCCGAGGGGGUUUCACUGCACCCUGUGCAAUGUCGGUUUACCCAACAUGCCAAGUCUGGAGCAGCAUGUCAAAGGGCGGAAACACAAGACUUUGAGCACCGUGCGGGCUACCAGGAAGACCCAGGAGGAGCAUAGUGUGUUUGUUAGUGGCAUCAAACCUGUCAUCUCUCAGACUGACAUAACGGAGUACUUCCAGAAGUUUGGGCCAGUCUCAGAUGUUAUCAUGGAUAAAGACAAGGGUGUGUACGCCAUCGUGCAGUUCAGUGAGACUGAGAGUAUACAGGCGACGCUGUCCUGUGUUGAGCAUCAGAUGAAGGGACUGAAGCUGCGUGUCAAACCCCGGGAAAAGAAGGACUUCAAAUUGAUUCCCAAGAAGAAGAGUGACUUCCAGAACCUCCAACAAGCUCUUGACCGUCUCAAACCUGAGCUGUGUGAGCUGACAUCUGUGGAGGCACAGAUGCAGCACAUUGUUGAGCGUUUCCAGCUGGGAGAAAACGAAAAGAAUUCACGAGGCUUGCUGGUUCAACUCCUGCAAGAGGUUUUCAUAGAGUUUUUUCCAGACAGCCAGAUUCUGCCGUUUGGUUCAUCUGUCAACACUUUUGGCAUCCACUCCUGUGACUUAGACCUCUUCCUGGACCUGGACAAUACCAAGGUGUUCCAGGCCCGUGCCAAGUCCACCACAGAACAGGCAGGAGAGGGCAUGUCGGAUGAUGGCCGCUCUGAGGACUCCAUCCUGUCUGAUAUUGACCUGUCCACAGCCUCGCCGGCAGAGAUCCUGGACCUUGUGGCAGCGAUCCUGAAGCGCUGUGUCCCCAAGGUGCACAAAGUCCACGUAGUCAGCAGCGCUCGUCUCCCAGUGGUCAAGUUCCAUCACCGUGAGCUUAACCUGCAGGGGGACAUCACCAUUAACAACAGACUAGCAGUCAGGAACACCCGCUUCCUCCAGCUGUGUUCAGGGAUGGAGGACAGGCUGAGACCUUUGGUGUACACCAUCCGCUACUGGGCUAAGCAGAAACAACUGGCUGGUAAUCCCAGUGGUGCCGGUUCCCUUCUCAACAACUACGCUCUGACAUUGCUGAUCAUCUUCUACCUGCAAAACUGUGAGCCUCCUGUCCUCCUCCCGGUGGACCAACUCAAAGACAUGGCCUGUGAGGAGGAAGAGUGUGUGAUUGAGGGCUGGGACUGCACCUUCCCCAGUCAGCCCAUUGCUGUGCCCCCCAGCAAGAACACACAGGACCUCUGCACCCUGCUAUCUGGCUUCUUCUCCUUCUAUGCUAACUUUGAUUUCGCCAGUAGUGUCAUAUCUGUCCGGGAGGGACGUGCACUCCCAAUCACUGAUUUCCUCAGCAAGAAUAAAGAGGAGGAAGCCAUGCAAGAGGAACAACCCACCAUGACCCCCCACCACAGUCCCAAACUGGGCCCCCUGAAUCUCUUGGACCCCUUUGAACUCUCACACAAUGUAGCUGGAAACCUGAAUGAACGCUCACACCGCUGCUUCCAAAGGGAGUGCCAGGAGGCUGAGAAGUAUUGCCGCAGCCUACAGUACCAGCGCAAAUCCACCAAGGGGAAGUCAUGGGGGCUGGUGCGCUUAUUCACCCCCCAUGGAGAUGUCCCACAUACCAAAACAGAGCAACUGACCAUCAGCAUCCCCUUCAAAUCAGCAUCGCUCCCUCAGGGGCUGCGUAAUCAGCUGCACAUGGCGGGAGAUGGUUUCCGGCUGGUGUGGUUUCAGAAGGUUUGUGCCGCUGUAGAGGGAGUGCUCAAAAGUGUUCUCCGUUGUCGCCUCACUCCCUCCACAGAUGCCGUCUUUGGUGAGGGUUCAGCUGUCCAUACUGCAAAGGAAAUGGAAACUAGCUCAGCUUCCCUCAACACAUCACUGAAUGACAGCUGUGACAGUGUUGAAUCCCAAAAUGAAGCCAGCUCUCUGGGUACUGCCGCGGUUGGUGCCAAGAGGCGGCUGUCUUCUGGCAGUGAUGCUUCUGUGUCUCCUCAAGGCAAAAAGCAAAGACUGGCGAGAAGGGGGAAGUCUGAUUUCCCUCAGUGGAUCUGUGUGCAAAAGCACAUAGUGUGGGCUGGCAGGAGGAAAGUGAGAAGGGAGCUGAUCAAAGAUGCGGACUCGAGGCCAGAGGGCAGCUGUAUGGAGAUGGAGUCCCAGGUCACAGCUCACAUCAUUGAGAAAGAGCCAGAGCUCAAGGAGCCCCUGGAGUUCAAGGUUCAGCCCCAGAUGGUGGGUGGGACUGAAAGCACAAGGGCAGUGCUCAAGUUGGAGCCAACCAGUGACAAGACGGGAGUUUUUCAGGACUUUUUUCAUUUCCUGGAAGCCUUCUUACCUAAGAUGGUAGAGACACUGCUAGAGAGAGAAAUAGGAAGCUCUUAAAACGGGGCCCAUUUCCCAUAUGUUGCAGUUAAAUCUAAGAAUUUGGGGUUUUCUUUGUUUUCAGUAAAAGAUGCGAUUAUACUGCCACUUGAAUGAACCUUUGAGAGUUGGACAUGAAAGAGCAUUACUUUCAUGACUUUAUAUAUACCAGCCACCCAUUAUAAUACUGUGUAUAUGGACUUUUUGUUUGUAAUGUUUUCAUGUAUACUGUAUAUUUUAUACUUGUGACUUUGUUUCCGAAGCUUACAUUUAUGUUUGACAUGUGGCUUGGUUUUUAGUACUUUUCUGUUUAAAACUAGUGCUCUUAAAUCAUGAAGCUGUGAAGGGAAACUUCAGUGGCAUGGCGUCUGUUGUCUUCAAAUGAAAU